UUUUUCCAAAAACCGGGACAUGCAAUAAGUCUUCGAAAGACUUCGACAUUCGGCUUCAUUUUCAAACUAUUUAGAACAAUUUGUAACCUUACUCCACCGGCAUGUGGGUGGGAUAAUUUUCCAUCACCAACAGACCAUUCCUUAGCUGCUGAUUUGCUAAGGAUUAAACAAUACCGCAACAAAAUUUCCCACGACUACUCUGACAUGGAAAUGGGCGACACCGAGUUCAAAUCGCUAUGGAACGACAUUCAAGAGGCUCUUGUAAGACUUGCAGGCAGGAUAAGUUUGUCAGCCCAAAGUGCAUGGGAAAAAAAGAUCGAAAAGUUAUUAACAGAUCCGCUAACGCCUGGAGAAGUGAAUAAUGCCAAAGAAUUAAAGGAAAUGUACGAAAAUGAGGUAGAAUGCAAAGAGGAAAUAAAGAAAGUUGGAAAGUCUCUCCAAGAGGGAUUUGAUGGUGUGCACCAGGCCAUGGAAAGGACUGGUGAUGAUAUACGCCCUGCCAUAAAAAGGACUGGUGAUGAUGUACACCAGGCCAUAAAAAGGACUGGUGAUGAUGUGCACCAGGCGAUUGAAAAGGUCAUCAAAAAUUUCGCGGAAAAAAAGAUCGCGGAAAAAAAGAAUGACUUAGAGACAUCACCACUGUUAACAGAGAGUGCUCUCGUCGGAGGAGCGCAAGACAGUGACUUCCUUGGUGAGGAAAGGGCAUCUGCACCAUGGGACGCAUCUGCAGUACCCGCUGAUCAGUUACCACAUUUAUCCUCAGUAGGAAAAUUAACUCCACCAGGAAAAAUGUUCACGGAGACCUUAUCCCAAAGAUCACCACAGUUACCAGCAGGAGACAACGUAGAGGACUUCAAAAAGCUUUGGGAGAUUGCAGAUGCUGUUGAAAUGGGAACAGAAAACCUGGAAAUGAAAGAAAUGAAGGAAAAACUUGAUGAGUUCAUCAUAGAAAGACGUCAGGAAGCAAGAAAGAACACAACGAAAAUCCCUGAUACACAACAAUAA